UCGGGCCGCAAACCUGCCCGCCAGCCGGGGCAGCGCCGGGCGGGCUCCCGGGGUCGGGCGGGGGAUGUAGCGCGCAGCAGCGCGGAGAACGGGGGGGCCCGGGGGAGGCCAUGGCCAGCGUGCAGCAGGGCGAGAAGCAGCUCUUCGAGAAGUUUUGGAGAGGCACCUUCAAAGCCGUGGCCACGCCGCGACCCGAGAGCAUCAUCGUGGCCAGUAUCACGGCCCGCAAGCCGCUGCCCAGUGCGACACUCGGCUGCUUGCCGUACCCUGCGGAGGACAGACGUCCCGAGAAGCCGAGUGGCCGUGCGGUGAAGGAGAGCUCCACCACCAACGGCUGCGUCAAGGGGAAGGAAAGACGAGACCAUGCUCGCCGUAGGUCACGCAGCCCCUCGUGCGAUGGGGACCGUGUGCUGCUGCCAGCCCGGGGGAAGAAGAAGAAGAGGAAGAAAUCCGGCCGCAAGAAGCGAAGGAGGUCUCCCUCCUACAGCCCCUCGCCUGUGAAGAAGAAGAAGAAGAAAAACUCCAAGAAGCGAAAAAGAAACAGGUUAUCUUCGAAGAAGAGAAGACACAGUUCUUCGAGCCCCAAAAGUAAGAGAAAGGAAGAAAGAAAACACAAGAAACACUCUCGUGGGCGCACCCGGAAAUCUCAUCGCCAUCGCCACUCUCGCUCAGAGAGCUCCGACUCCCGCUCCCCCAGCUGCCGAAGCAGGCACAGAGCCAGGUCUCGGGAGGAAGGGCGUAAAACACGGCGGAGACGCUCCCGGCACCAUUCAAAGAUCACAGCCAAGCCAAGCGCCUCUGCAGAGGUUCAGGCCAGCCAAAAAACCAGCCAAACCCUCUCGUUCUACAGCUUCCUGUCGCCCAAGGAAGUCAUCUCUCAGUCAGGGUCUUCUGCUGACCUCUUUACCAAAACAGACAGCCCGCCUGGCAACCUAGCCAGCCAGAACGGAGAGUAUCAUGAAUAUGACUCAGGAAACGAUACUUCCUCCCCUCCUUCCACUCAAACGAGCUCGUCCAGGGCAAAGGACGGCCAGGAGAAAAGAAGUCUAGUCCAUGAUGGCUUUGGCCAUGCCUUCUCGUCCGGGAAGUCCAAACUGGCCAACAGCGAUAACAGCUCUGAUUCAGGAAAUUCCUUCACCAGUUGCUUUUCCCAGAGCAAGGGAACAGCUUUGGAAAAUCUGUCUCCAGAUGCCCAGGGACAAGACCGAAGAGGGUGCCUGUCCUUGUGUCUCAGCUGUUCGGAAGAGAAGCAGCGAAACUUCGUCCCGUCCCCAGCCCACAGCUCCCCACUGAGGCGAUGCUCCCGCAGCAAGUCCUACACCAGCACGGGCAGAUCCUCCCCUGGCUCCAGCCGCUCCCGCUCCUCACACCACAAAGCCUCUCCCAGGUACUCCCGAAGCAGGUCCUGCUCUUCAGGAAGGAGGUCUUCUUCACGUUCCCCCAGCUAUUCCUCCAAAUCCUGCAAAAAAAGCCCUGGGAGCAGGAGUUCAAGGCCUCGUCGGAGCCCCAGUUACUCCCGCUACAGCCCAAGCAGAGACCGUGAGCGAGAGCACAAGUACGGCUCCAGUGAGAAGGAGUCGCACAGGGAGCGUGACCGGCGGCGGCGACGGUCCUACUCACCCCUGAGGAAGCGCAGGAGAGACUCUCCCAGCCACCUCGAAGCUCGGCGCAUCACGAGUGCCCGCAAACGCCCCAUCCCCUACUACCGUCCCAGUCCCUCCUCCUCCAGCAGCGCCAGCAGCUACUCCUCCUGGUACAGCAGUUUUAGCCGCUCCCCGAGCAGGAGCCGGAGCUACUCCAGCUACCGGACGAGCCGGAGCCGAAGCUGGAGCAGCAGCAGCGGGGAGGGCAGGAGCCGCAGCCGGAGUUCAGGCCCCAGGAGCAGCCGGAGCAGGAGCAGGAGUUAUGACUCAGGAGGCAGCUCUGACAGCCUGCAUCGCUAGGGAGUGCCUGCGUCACCUCCGAAUUCCUGGCAUUCUCCGCUUCUUCCCACCUACCUGGCCAUCGAUAGCAAUCAUCCCCGAUACUGAUGUGGUGGCAGCGCUGGGCCCCCCUUCCCCGGUUUGGAGUAAAGCCCCUGUGCGCCCGGUGCAGCCCCUUCGCUACCCUGUGGAGCGGUGGAUCAGUCCCAGCUCCCAGGCCAGGGCUGGAAGAGGUCGGUGCUUUACAGAGGGUCUGUCACGACGGACCUGCUCCAUCCUCCCCGAUGUCCCCGUCUCCUCUUCGCUGCUGCUCUCCAAAGCACUACCAGCUGGUCCAAAGGGAAGAAUUCAGCUCCUUGCUCUUCUGCCAAACCAGGAACCAGCAAAUUAAUUUCUGUUGGAGGGAGAGAUCCAGUUAGGGAGGAAUUUGCUGGGAAGCUUUGGUGAUGAGUGGGGGUGACCUGUCCCCACCACAGCAAAUAUCAGGUCCCUUGGGUCUCUCCUCCAGAGUUUCUGCCCACUCUGCAGCAGGCCUCUUCCAUGAGAGAGUAUUUAUUUAUUACCAGUCAUCCAGUCCCUGCUAUAAAUAGAAGGCUAGAAAUCCCCCCCCAUUCCAUCUCUUUCCUCUGCCCUUUCCUACCAGGUAUGCAUUAUAUUUUGCAGGGUUGUUUUAUCACCCCCAGCACUGUGACUUGUUUGCAAACAAACCGCUGAGAGGCGCGCAGCAGCCAUGGGGCUGGUGGGUACAAGGGAAAGGGGAGCUGGCUCCACGCUUCGCUCCCAGGGCCAGGCCACAGCGUGGGAGGGGGUGGCCGUGGGGUUCCUUUCUCAGAGGAACCCUCUGGCAGUUUGGGGACAGUUCAGGUUUUUCUAGAAGGCGCUUUGCCCUUGGAGCACAAUGCUGGUGGGACAGUGAGGAGUUGAGGUAGCCAAGCUGUGGGGUGUCGUGAGAGCACACAGGGUUGAAAAGGGUAUCGCAUGAGCCAGGGGACCCUGAUUCCCCUUCCUCAUAACAGGCAGUGAUUUUAAGCAAUGCCAAGAGGAUUUCAGGAAAUCAUUUCUCCUUGAGACCCUGAGGCAGGAUCAGCAGCCCCAUCACAGGGCCCACACCGAGCUGGGGCAGAUACACUCACCCCAGUUUGUCACUGGGAGGAUAGAGCAGUGCAGGGGGGCAGGAAGGGCCCCCCACUAAUUGCCUGUUUUCCCAGGAAGCCGCAGACAAGCAGCAGGAGAGCCCUGGGCCCUGGGGUUUUGUCUCCCUGCCAGCCCAGCUGCCUGCGCAAUGACUGUGUUUUGCAGGGUAACAAAGGCUUCUCCCAGCACAGGCUGAGCUGGUGCUGCGGAGUUUCUUUCUCUUACAACACCUGGGUGCUUAGAGACGCUAAUUUGGGCUUAAGACCAAGGCUCCCUCCCUUUUUCCAUCCCCUCCCCUUCCAUCCUGCAUGAUUAUUAACGAGUUUGGGCUUAAUGAGUCAAGGAGGUGUGUCAUUUUAAUGUCACAGAAAAGGGCUAAGUGGAGAUGGCAUCUGCUGGAGGAGAAGAGGGGGUAGAAAGAAAUGCAACGCCCCCACUAGAGUUACCUUAGCAAACAUAGAAACCUGUUGGAAAGUGCAGCAGCUGGGGGUGGAUUCCCACCUGGGUGGUACAAAGGGAAGAUUUUAUGCCAAGGGUCCCUUUUUCCCAGUGUCCUUCCUACUGCUGGUUCCCUUUGUCCUGUGCCUUCAGCCCCCAAAGCCCCCCUUUUCCUAGCUGCUUUCCCCCCCACUUGCUCUCUGUAGGUGACGUGAAGGUGGCCGAGGCACAGAGCUGGGCACUGGUGUGGUCUCUGGUUUGGUGGGGACGCUUGUCUGUCUCCUGGGAGGCCACUUUGUAGGACACAGAGAAAGGCAUUCCUGGUAGGGCUGAGCCAGGGCUGUGACGGAGGCAUCGCAGAUGGGGUGUGCUCGCAGUGGGGUGCCACUGCCUUCCCUCCCGCACUGGCCCUGACAGCGACGCCUCAGCCACCUUCUGCAGUGAACUCCCUUCUCGGAAAGGGCUGAAAACCUCACACUUCUUCCCCAAAGAGUCUCUCCCAGUUUGAUGUUGAAACACCCCAUCCCUCAGCUCCCUGGGAGCACCCGAAUGCAACGAUGGGAGCCAAAACCCCAGAUCUACCCAUGUUUCAGGGCAGUUAGUGCCCCUCAGCACCCCGUGACACAGAUGUGCGUCUGCGGCGAGGAAGCAGCGAGCCGGGAGGUCAGAAACUGGGAAAGAGAAGAGUGGCUUCAUGCAACUGGUGUAAAUACCACACAUAACAGACUCGAGUUCCUGGUGGCUGGGGAUGGAUGAUCCAAGCAUCGCAUCAGGGCAGCAGCGCCCACCGACCGUGGGACAGGAGAUGACUGAGGGUCGUGUGGGGGUGACGGUGGCUUUAUACCCGUCUGGCUGACCCGCCUCGAGGGCUGCCCCCCUCCAACAGCCCCUGGCAGCCGAACGCUCCCGGGGCUUCCCGAGCAGACUUGUGCUGCAGUCAACCUCUUUAUUUAUUUAUUUAUUUAUUAUUUAUUAUUAUUCUAUUUUUUAAUUGUAUGUCAGAAUGGAUGCAGGUGGUCACCUUUACCAGUAUUUAUUUAUUUUUUUUUUUUUCUCCGGUAACAAUAAGUUAUUUUUGGAUCUGUUUAUCCUUUUGUUUGAAUGUAUCCAUGCCACUGUUCUCGUGUAAAGGUUUACAGCGCCGACCCCUCUUGGCGAGGUGGCCGGAGGAGUGACGGUCACUCCUGCUGCCAGCAUGUCCCUUGGGCUGCGCUCUCCAGAGCAGGACAGAGAGCAUGUGAUGGCCAGAGCGAUGCAGGGCAGAGCCGUUCAUCUGUUUUCACAUUAAAAUCUAGCCUUUCCCAUUAGAUUUGUGAUGGGCGUCACCAGAAAAACGCAUCUAGGACCUCACGGAGGUGACGCUGAGGGUCUGUGUGCCGCUGGCCGGGCGCAGGGCGGUUUGCUGGGGAAGUGUCGCCGGGUCCGUGCUGGCGCCGGCCGGCUGCCAGCUGGCGGCUGCGCUGUUUCCCUUGGCUCCGCAGGCAGCAACAACUCGAAACCCGGCUGCUCGGCACCCGCACCGCUGGUUUCCCUGGGAGGAUGCGUCGCCAGGGCUCCCCUGCCCUGUUUAUCCCUGCAUGAUGACCCACCCAUGGAAAAACGACAGAAAUGAGGCCGUGAGAGAGCGAUCUGUGCGGAAGAUGAUGCAAAACCCAGCCUCGGGUGAUGGGAUCUACCCAAGUCUGUGUGUAUGUGUAUAUAUCUGUGCGUGUGUAUGUAUAUGUGCACCUGUGCAUAUACAUAUGAGUUUCCCUCAGUGGUGGUAUUUAUUUUUUCACUUAUUUAAGAUUUUUAGUACAACCUGGAACAUCACCCUCCCUGUCAGUGGACAACUGGGUUUUUUGUCAGUUUGCGAGAAGCCCAUGAGCUUUUCUGUCUCUGUGCCUUUUGCCAGCGCUUUAUUAUUUUCUUUCUUUUUAAUGUUGUUUCACUUCAUUGCUUUUAUGGACUUUCGCUGUGCAUCCGGCACCUCAGACUGCUGCUGGCUCUGUCUGCAAAGAGCAGCGUUCAUCUGGUGCAAAGGCAACUCGGUCAUUUUGGCGUUGGUGAAUCACUGCUCGCCCGCAGUCGGCCGCACAUGGGAUGCCCAGGGCCGGCCGCAGCCUCACCCAGAGCAGCGAGGCUUGCGGAAAAUAUCUUGGCCAUCUUUUGGAGGUGGUAUCUCAGAGGGUUUUGCUUUCCUCAUACACGGAGGCCAUUUCCCACCCAGGAUUUCUCCCCCCAGAGUUGUGCCGUUGGCUCUCCCCGCUCCCUGGACCAGCCUUGGCUCUGGGUUUGUCACACCGAGCGAGGCUCGUCCCCCCUCUCCCAACCGCCCAGCAUUGGAGUCAGAGUACAGAAAACCCAACACCAUCUCUGCAGGUUUGCUGGGAAGCAAAGAGAAGGGAUAUUUCAAAGCACUGUUGCGUUCUUUCUUUACUCCAUGGGUUACGGCAUUUGGCUGAGUUUUCCUUUAUGUUGACUGUGACUUUGCUCCAUGUUUUUGUUGUUUUGGGGGACUGAAUUUGCACCAAAUUUGUCUGCAACAGCCAAUCACUGUUAUUUUGCUAUGCAUUGUACAUAUAUUGAACAGGCUAAGAGGACUUAGCCUCUAUUUAAUAUUUAUUUCUUCUAUUUAUUGAGCAUUACUUUAAAAAAAGCUACUUGGGUCUUGCUGUUGGGUCCAUGAAGGUAGGAGCUGUUGAGCCAUUGCCAUUUACACUGGAGAGAGGUUAUCAGGUGAAUUACUGAGGCUGUCACCUGCCAGCACGGGGGCAUCUGGCAGACAAAUUAGGCUCAUUUGGACCUCAACCACCAGUGAUUUAGGGAGAAACCUGAUUUAGAUGGCGAGGAGCAAGGCAGGGGAAAAUCCUUCAGCUUCUUGGAUCAGCUUCUCUUGGCAAGUCACAACCCCCUGGAGAGGUGCUGGGUGUCCAUAGGCAACAGACCAGCUGUGCUGGAGGAAGAACGCAGCUCUUCAUCCUCUGUGCCAUGUAGGGCUGCUUGGAUCACCAAAGAUCCCUGGGGAUCUCCGCUCUCCCACCACUGACCACCUCUUGGCUCUUAAUGGUUGCUUUGGGAAGGGAGGACUUUCAUCGGUGCAAGGAAGGGGAUAGGGUUGAAGUGACUUGCCGUGGUCUCUACCGGGAAGCAAGGAUGUCCACCCUGCCCACCUGGAGACCCUCCUCCUUGUGCCAUGUCCUGCUUUGUCCCCUUUCCCGAGCCUUGUGCCAGAACCAGCAGCUUUACCUGGGCAUGAGCUCGGGGAAGGUGGCCAGACCAGGACUGGGGAGGUCUCUCCUGUUAUCUCCAACACGAGCCGGAGCUUGCUGCAGGCAUCUACCCCAGCUUCCGAAAAAGCGUGGGAUGUGCUCAAAAUCGUGACUUGCCGCAGUGUCACUCUGCCAUUGUCCCCAUCACCCGAGUGGGAGGUGUUUGUGCUCCAUGCCAGAGCUGCCCUGGCUGGUGGGGGCGGACGUGGCUCCGGCGUCGGCCGACAAGUGCCCAGUGCUGGGCUGUUCCUGCCAAGCUGGCCAGGAGCCCUGGGGCUGUCAGGAUAUUUGAGAAAGGGAUGGAUUUAGUUGCCUGUGGACUUUGCCCUUUAGUGUCCAGUGGGGUUUUGUUACCUCUCUACCAGAGGAUAAAUAAUUCUCAUGACUUUUGCUGCUACCUGGAAGUUUGCACAUGACCAGGAGGGUCUCCGAAGCACUGGUGCAUCUGUUGUAGCAACAGCUACACAGUCAAGCAUCCCAGCUUUUGGGCUGUUACCUACAGAAUAUCACCCUGAACCUCACCAGCCUGGGGGCAGCUCUUCGCCUUCGAACCCAGGGAAUGAGAAGAUUUAGAACAAAAGCCAAGGCAUGAGAAAAGCCGCGAGGGAAACCGUGUCUCUUGUUUUCUCGCCUGUUGGUUGAAACGGUGUCUCUUGUUUUCUCGCCUGUUGGUUGAUUCCUUACCAAAUGACACUGGUGCAUCUGCUCAUUUGACUUCAUUGUAAAACUCCCUUUGCUCUCCAUCGAAAUGCAUACUGUAUCCUUUAGUCUUCCUGGGGUAUCCGAGUUGUUAGCCUGGUUAGAAAAAGGGUUCCAAUAAAGGUUCAGACAGUA